AUGGGUCACGAAGAUGCUGUGUAUCUCGCCAAGCUGGCCGAGCAGGCUGAGCGCUAUGAAGAGAUGGUCGAGAACAUGAAGAUUGUCGCUUCUGAGGACCGUGAUCUUACUGUCGAGGAGCGCAAUCUCCUGUCCGUCGCUUACAAGAACGUGAUCGGUGCCCGACGUGCCUCUUGGCGAAUCGUCACCUCCAUCGAGCAGAAGGAGGAGUCCAAGGGCAACUCGUCCCAGGUCGGCCUUAUCAAGGAGUACCGACAGAAGAUCGAGAACGAGUUGGCCAAGAUCUGCGAUGAUAUCCUCGAUGUCUUGGACAAGCACCUGAUCCCUUCCGCCAAGUCUGGCGAGUCUAAGGUCUUCUACCACAAGAUGAAGGGUGACUACCACCGUUAUCUCGCCGAGUUCGCCGUUGGUGACCGGCGAAAGGAGUCUGCCGACAAGUCUCUUGAGGCUUACAAGGCUGCCACCGAGGUUGCCCAGACCGAGCUUCCUCCCACGCACCCCAUUCGUCUCGGCCUUGCCCUUAACUUCUCCGUGUUCUACUAUGAGAUUCUGAACGCUCCUGACCAAGCUUGCCACCUUGCGAAGCAAGCUUUCGAUGACGCGAUUGCCGAACUUGACACCCUGAGCGAGGAGAGCUACAAGGACUCGACUCUGAUCAUGCAACUCCUCCGAGACAACUUGACCCUCUGGACUUCUUCCGAGGCUGAGCCUCCCGCAGAGUCAGCAGCGGCUCCCGCCCAGGAAGCCGAGAAGGCCACCGACACUCCCACUGAGGAGCCCAAGGCCGCCGAGUAA